CUGCGGCGGCGGCGCGGCUGCUGCUGCGGCGGCAGGCGACGGCGAGCCGUUGGAGGGUCUGUCCGGCCGGCCCGGGGCCAGGGGGAUGCAGCGCAGGACGUGUCUGGGUCUGGGUGUAGCUGAUCGGAGAAGAGAGGCAGGCGUCGCCCGGAGAGGCCGAGGAGCAGCGGAGGAGAGCCACCCUGACAUGCCUUUUCCUCUCCCUCCUCUCCAGCGGCCAUGUUAACCAGAAAACCCUCGGCUAGCGCCGCCGCUGGUGCUGCUUACCCAGCCGGCAGGGCAGGGGACAGCGGCCGCCCGCUGCCGUCUUCCCCGGGCACCGGAGCCGGGGUCUCCCGGGCAGGAGCUGGGACCGGCCCGCCGUCGCCCCUCGCAUUGCCGCCGCUCAGGGCCAACAACGCUUCCCACACGGUUGGAGGCAGUAAGCACACAAUGAAUGAGCACCUGCAUGUUGGUAACCAUGGACAAAUCCAGGUUCAGCAGCUCUUUGAAGACAAUAGUAACAAGAGAACGGUUCUGACAACGCAGCCAAAUGGACUUACAACGUUAGGCAAACCUGGAUUGCCAGUGGUUCAGGACAGACAGUCAGAGAGUGCCCACAGGCGACAAGGGAGCUCCAGCUCUUUAAAAUCUACAGAUGGAACAGGGAAGGUGAAAGCCUCUGUUAUCACACCAGAGCAAGCAAUGAAGCAAUACAUGCAAAAAUUAACAGCUUUUGAGCAUCAUGAGAUUUUUAGCUACCCUGAAAUAUACUUCUUGGGUCCAAAUGCAAAGAAGCGUCAAGGUGUGAUUGGUGGUUCAAACAACUGUGGGUAUGAUGAUGACCAAGGGUCGUACAUACAAGUACCCCAUGAUCAUAUUGCAUACAGGUAUGAAGUCCUGAAAGUGAUAGGGAAAGGAAGCUUUGGGCAGGUGGUGAAGGCCUACGAUCACAAGAUGCAUCAGCAUGUGGCACUAAAAAUGGUGAGAAAUGAAAAACGUUUCCACCGCCAAGCUGCGGAAGAAAUUAAGAUCCUGGAACAUCUCCGGAAACAAGAUAAGGAUAACAACAUGAAUGUUAUUCACAUGUUGGAAAACUUCACAUUCCGCAGCCAUAUCUGCAUGACAUUUGAGUUGCUGAGCAUGAACCUCUAUGAAUUAAUAAAGAAAAACAAGUUUCAGGGCUUUAGCCUACCUUUGGUUCGGAAGUUUGCCCACUCAAUUUUACAGUGCUUGGAUGCUUUGCACAAAAACAGAAUCAUUCACUGUGACCUUAAACCUGAGAACAUUCUGUUGAAACAACAGGGUAGAAGUGGUAUUAAAGUGAUUGAUUUUGGCUCAAGUUGUUACGAGCAUCAGCGUGUCUACACUUACAUUCAGUCACGGUUUUAUCGUGCACCUGAAGUCAUCCUUGGUGCUCGUUAUGGGAUGCCCAUAGAUAUGUGGAGCUUGGGCUGUAUCCUAGCAGAGCUUCUGACCGGUUAUCCACUUUUACCUGGAGAAGAUGAAGGAGACCAGCUGGCUUGUAUGAUUGAACUGUUGGGCAUGCCUUCUCCAAAACUCUUAGAUGCAUCCAAGCGAGCAAAAAACUUUGUGAGCUCUAAGGGUUAUCCCCGCUAUUGCAGCAUCACAACCUUGUCUGAUGGCUCUGUAAUACUUAAUGGUGGACGCUCUCGGAGGGGAAAACUGCGUGGCCCCCCAGAGAGCAGAGAGUGGGGUAACGCAUUAAAGGGAUGUGAUGAUCCCCUCUUCCUUGACUUCUUAAAACAGUGUUUAGAAUGGGAUCCUGCUGUCCGUAUGACACCCAGCCAGGCUUUGCGGCAUCCCUGGCUAAGGAGACGGUUGCCAAAACCUCCAACUGGGGAAAAGGCCUCAGCAAAGAGAAUUACAGAGAGUACUGGUGCUAUAACUUCAAUUUCCAAGUUACCUCCAACUUCAAGCUCAGCUUCAAAACUGAGGACUAAUUUGGCGCAGAUGACAGAUGCCAAUGGGAAUAUUCAGCAAAGAACAGUGUUGCCAAAACUUGUUAGCUGAGUUUGAAAACCCCAAUGCUGUUAAUAUGAGAGAUACAAUGUGGCUGAGCCUUAUUUGUAUGAAAAAUUAGCUCAGAUAUGCAUUUUUAUUUGCUCAAUAAAUCUAAUUCAUUUGUAUCUUUCAGCACUCAUUUUAAAUGUAAUUUAAAAUGUUAAUUUUGUUUUUAUAAAAAUACGGGGACAAUGCUUUAAGUUUUUCUACUUAUUUUUUAAAAUGUUUGUCUUCUACAGUACAAUUAGCCUUACUGUAACUAGUGUGACACAGUAAUAAACAUCAGUGGCAGGCCACUGGUUACAACGUGACUGUCAUUCAUUGCAGUGUGGUAUCGAAGGUAUCAACCUUUCUUUUCCAUGGUUCAUACUAGUUUUAGCCUGGGGUAAAUUUGAAAGACUACCUUUUGGAUUUUAUGGAUUUGGUCUGGAUUCUGUGAACGCUCACAUCUAUGACUGACUGGACACUAGGGGUAAUACUCAAAGAAUACAGUUAAGCACUUGUAAUCUUGUAGUUUAAGAUGGAGCCAUAGCAUGUUCUAUUGUCAUCUUUUAUGUGGUAGCCCAGAGGAAGUCAUACUGUUACCUCCUGUGGAAUGCUUUCUCUAUUUAAAAGUAAUGGGCUUUGAUUAAAAUGAUAAUUUAUAUGUAAUGCAAAAAA